AUGUCCGCAGCCGAUUACAACCCAGACUCUGAUCGCUUAGAAGACGAAGCCAGGGCUCGAGCAAAGCUGCAGACAAAUACUGGAGCGAACGGCGCGAGCCAACCAGUCGAGGGGGGGCCAUCGCUUGCCGCUGGUAUCGGCGAAGCUCAAGAACGUGUUGAUGGCGCUGAAAGCGAAUAUGAAGAGAUAGAGGUGGAUGACGAUGACGAAGUGGACGACAUGUUCGCGUUGGGGAGCGAUGACGAAAGUAGCAAGCCGAAGAAGAAGAUCAUUCGAGUGAAGAAAGGAGCAAUUGCUUCACAAGCUGUGUCUGCAAAUCUUCUUGACAACUUUGACGACGCUGACGGGUAUUACAGGAUCAAUCUUGGCGAGCGUAUAGGUCCGGAAGGACGCUACCUGGUGUUUGCCAACCUCGGCAGAGGCAUGUUCAGCAACGUCGUAAAGGCUCGAGAAACCAUUCCUUCCACCAGCACCGAGCCUGCGCGUGAGCGCGAAGUUGCCAUCAAAGUCGUACGAUCUCAGGAGACCAUGUAUAAAGCCGGCAUCAAGGAAAUGGCUAUCUUGCAAAAGCUGGCAUCGCUGGACCCAGAAGAUAAGCGCCACGUCAUUCGUUUGGACAGCCACUUUGAACACAGAGGUCACCUUUGCAUGGUGUUUGAACUUCUAAGCAUGAAUCUGAGAGAAGUAGUCAAGCGUUUCGGUAAAGACGUCGGGCUCAAUUACCGCGCUGUCCGAGCGUAUGCCCAUCAGAUGUUUUUGGCCCUGUCUCUGCUGCGCAAGGCCAACGUCAUCCAUGCCGAUAUCAAGCCGGAUAACAUACUGGUCAACGAGGGCAAGAAUGUCUUGAAGCUUUGCGAUCUGGGUUCGGCAUCCGAUGCCACCGAAGUGGAGAUUACGCCUUAUCUGGUCAGCCGAUUCUACCGUGCUCCCGAAAUCGUGCUUGGGGCACCGUACGAUUCUGCAAUCGAUGUGUGGAGCAUUGGAUGUACUCUGUACGAGGUUGCGACUGGCAAAAUUCUGUUCCCGGGUCGCACCAACAACCAAAUGCUGCUCUUGAUGCAGGAACUUAGAGGUCGCUUCACCACGAAGCAAGCAAAAAAGGGCAGAUUUGCCGCUCAGCACUUCGAUGACACAAACAACUUUCUGAGCAUGGAAAAGGACAAAAACACUGGAGUAGACGUGAUCCGCAAAGUCAAUUUGCAAAAGCCUGUCGAGGAUCUGCGCGCGCGCUUACUGCCGGCAAACACCGCAAAGAAGCUAUCCGACGAAGAGUUGCGAUUGACGAACAACUUCAUCGACCUCCUCAAUCGCACGCUGGAGCUCGAUCCCGCGAAGCGCAUCACACCCAGAGAAGCUCUCAAUCACCCUUUCUUGUCUUAG